AGGAGGCGCGGUGCCUUGAAGAGGAUUCUCUUGCGGCAGCGAGCAAAUCGGCCCAAGACUCGAGGCGAUGACUACGGGUGAGGGAUCUUGAUGCGAAAUAUCAUGCCCUGGGGAAGGAUCGCAUUGAUCGCCAAGCUCUCGCGCUCACCCUCCUCGUCGGCGCCGAUCGAGAUGGGUGCGUGCUUCUCAAGAACAGAAUGCCCUUGCGAGGCGAGGAGGAAUUCAUCGGUGGCGCCAGCGGCGGAGAUCUCCGGCAGCACGCAUUUCGUGCGCCUGUCCGGGCUCGCGAUCUCGCCUUUCACUGCGAGGGUCCGGAUCGCAUUGCAGUUUAAGGGAAUCCAGCCGGAUCUAGUGGAGCCGCAGCACCAAGAUCCAUCGGCGUGGCUGGAUUUCGAGAGGUUUCCAGUGUUGGAGCAUGGAUCGGACACGAUCUCGGGCUCAUCGGACGCGAUCCUUGACUACAUUGACGGGAAGUUCAAGCAGCCGCCUCUAAUCCCAUCGUGGAAGCUCAAGAAAAAGAUCCGGCAGUGGGUAGCGUUCGUGAGGGACGUUUUCACUCCUCUGGUCCUGGAGGCCUGGAAGAACAAGGAUCUGCGGCUGGACAACGAUUUCCACGCGAAGUUCUCCGCGGCAUUUGGGAAGCUCAACGCUGGGAUCGCCGAGAAUUCCAGUGGGGGGAAGUUCUUCAUGGGUGCAGCCAUGACAAUGGUGGACGUGUACCUGGUUCCAUUCCUGGAGCUUGUGGAGCCUCUCAAGUUCUUGCAUGGGAUCAACGUUGGCGACGAGAACACGAAGCUAGCGGAUUAUAUCCGCGAGAUGGGAAGAUUUCCGAGCUAUUCUCCAGUCUCGGCAGACAAGGCAACGCUCCAUGGCUUCGCUUGCAAAGAGCUCGAGGAUCGCUCGCAGGACGCUCCAGCAGUCGCUUACACCGUGCUCCAACACUUGAGUAUAGUCCGCCACCUUGAGAGGCUUGUGGACGUUUCGGACGGGGUCAGAGAUUUCUACCACGGCCAGGGGAAAUCUAAGCAGAAGAAGAAGUCUAAGCCUCAGGUGGCGCAAAGGGGCUCAACGAUGAUUCAAGUUGGCAUUGCCACCAAGCUCAAAAAUGCUGCCAGGGACUACGAUCGAUUGCUGGUCUUGAUGCAAGAGCACGCUCAGAUGGAGGAGAAGGUCAUAUUCCCCGCGCUUGAGAAAGCCGAACGAGGGGUGACGAAAUUUGCAAAUGAGGAUCACGCGAGAGAUUUUCCGAUGAUGAACGGCGUCCGAGAAGACAUCAAGACUGUGAUGGUUUUAGAGCAAGGCAGUUUCUCGCACAUUGAAGCUUUAAGUGCUCUCGUAGACAAGCUGCGGACUCUCAAGGGUUCGACAGUGAAGCAUUUCCUUGACGAGGAGAGAGAGCUGUUGCCGUCGCUGGAGGUUGCCGGUGUGGAUGCUAGGAAGCAGGAACUUUUAAUGGCUGACGGGCUAAGCUUGAUGGGAGCCUCUCAUUCACAUCUCCUCCCCUACUUGCUCUCCGCGCUGCUGCCCCACGAGAUUCAUCAGUACAUGGUAUUGCUGCAGAGAUCGUUCAGAGAGCAGCAGGGCAAAGUGGAAAGGGUCGUGACCAUUCUUCGCUCUGACGACGAGUUUCAAGGCGUAUGGCAAACCGUGCAAGACAGAGUUCCACUUGUGGCCGCUGAUUCUGUUGUCGCGAGUCCUUGAACCCUCUUCAGAACAGAUCUGGCUGGCUGGGCUGUGGGAUGAGUUGGUUUUUCAGCUUCUUUGUGCUGCGAAGAACAGAGGAUCCGACAAACGAGAGGCCGUAGCAAUCGCCCAAGCCAGAAAUAAGGUGGCGGAAUGUCGCGAGUGUGAUCCUUUUGGAGCUUCUGUUGUGAGUUUUUGGAGGUGAGUGAAAUGUGUAUGUACAUUCUCUAAUGUCCCAUAGGGAUUUUACAAAAUCCACAAUUUGAGGCACGAAAAAUUCAGUGUUACUCGUGGUCAAGUGACUUCUAUUGAAACUAGAGCCACCCAUUGGUGGUGGUGACUGCUGCAAGAGAAGAGAUGGGUCAUGGGUGUCAAGAAAAAAGGGAAAGGCGGUCAGAGAAAGAGAAAGAGAAGCAGGUAGAGCAGCCUUUGGGGCGCUGUUUUCUUGCUCCAGAGCCAAAUGGAGCCCUAAAUGUUUUUAGAAAUGACGAAUAUUCUUACAAAUUAUGCUC